AUGAUUCCCGUCACUGGGAUUUACCCUCAAGCCAUUGAGAUGACUGCUUGGAAGGACAGAGUGCUGAUUGAUGAAAUCCUGUCCACUGGGAUCUUACCCAAUCACGACAGGACCUACCAGAUCCAGAAACUGCUGGAGUUGAUCCAACAGAUCAGGCCGAGUGCUCCUAUCACGUGGAGAAUACCUGAAUGGAGAAGAAACUUUCGGCGAUUUAUGGUAAAACUGUUCCUCACUUUUAGAGUGGAGCCAAACUCAAAUCAUGAUUACAAGAAAAAGAUCAGUGCUGACCUGUUUCACAAGCACAGUAUGUACGGAAGACCCGGGAACUACAGACGUGUAAAUCUGACAUGUUUGGAUAAGUUGUCUGAAUUUACGUUUCUUUCACCUCUGAAUAACUCUGUCAGUCGGGCCCAUAAUAACGUUGCAACAACUCAGCCUUACAAAAUGGUUGAAGUGAUCUGCAUUGUGAUUGCGACAGGAACAUUAAGCUUGGUGACCAUCAUUGGAAACAUUCUGGUCAUAGUUUCUAUCAAAGUAAACAGACAAUUACGAACUAUUAACAACUAUUUUAUUUUCAGCUUAGCCUGUGCUGAUUUGAUCAUUGGUGUAUUGUCUAUAAAUCUAUACACCAUUUACACUGUCAAUGGAUACUGGCCUUUGGGUCCAGUGGUAUGUGAUUUAUGGCUUACUGUAGACUAUGUCGUCAGUAACGCUUCUGCCACGAACCUCCUUAUCAUCAGCUUUGACCGCUACUUCAGUGUGACAAAGCCCAUUUUUUACCCAGUGAAAAGAACCACUAAGAUGGCAGGGAUAAUGAUUGCAGCUGUUUGGAUGUUGUCUUUUCUACUGUGGGCUCCUGCCAUUCUCUUCUGGCAGUUCAUUGUGGGGGAACGGAUUGUCUUAGACGAUGAGUGUUAUGUGCAGUUCUUCUCAAAUCCAGGUAUAACUUUUGGUACUGCCAUAGUUGCUUUCUAUAUCCCGGUUACCAUAAUGACAAUUUUGUAUGUGCUUAUAUCUCGGGCCAGCAAGAGUCGAAUGAAGGACGAUAGAAAUGAAUCUGAGUCAUGUAAGGCCACUGUUUCUCCCAGUCUAGUGAAUGACAAAUUAAUGAAACCAAAUAAUAGAAAAACAGCAAAGAUUCUUGUUCAGUUGCCAGAGGUCAAAACGGAACCUGGCAUAAUAAAUAAUGAAACAUCAGGUGUUGGUUGGGAUCAAGGAGUAGAGGAGGUAUUUCCCAGAGAGGCUGGCUUCCUCACCCUGGCAUCAUCAAAUGUGAACAAAGAAGGUGCUACACAAACAUAUACCAACGGCUUAACUGCACUCCACUAUUUCAGGUCACAUAACUUGAAACUCUCUUCAAUAAAUAUUUUCAGCAAAUUUCAAAAGAAUGAUACCUGUGGCAUCACAGUGCGAGAAGCAUCAGGUACCAACAACGGAAAUGGAAAUAUCAGAAUGAUCAGAACAAGAGAUGACGUUGUUAAGGUGACCAGAGGACAUGUUAAGAGGGCAAAGGGUGCGGUAUUACGAGAAAAGAAGGUGACAAGAACCAUCCUGGCUAUUCUUCUGGCCUUUAUAAUUACAGCAAGUCCAUACAAUGUCAUUGUUCUCAUAGAUACCUUCUGCCCAAUGUGUGUCCCCAGCACCGUUUGGAACAUAGGAUACUGGCUCUGUUAUAUCAAUAGUACUCUAAAUCCUGCCUGCUAUGCACUGAGCAAUAUGACCUUCAGGAAAACGUUCAAGCAUCUUCUACUGUGUCAGUGUAGGAAUAUAAGUUCUACAAACUAA